AUGGUUCUUCACCAGUUCGACUACAUCUUCGCCAUCGGCCUCAUAUUUGCUUUCCUCGAUGCCUGGAACAUUGGUGCCAACGAUGUCGCCAACUCGUUCGCGACCUCCGUCUCGUCGCGGUCGCUGACCAUGAUGCAGGCCAUGAUGAUUGCUACGGUCAUGGAGUUUGGUGGUGCUGUUCUUGUUGGAUCCCGAGUGUCGGAUACCGUUCGUAACGGAAUCAUCUCGACCUCCAAGUUCACCAAAGAACCUGCUGUUCUUAUGCUGGGAAUGAUGUGCGCCCUGGUCGGUUCUUCUUUGUGGUUGACCUUCGCUACCAAGAUGGGUAUGCCCGUCUCGACCACUCACUCCAUUGUCGGCGCUAUCAUUGGCGUUGGUAUCGCGACCCUGGGUGCAGAUGGUAUCCAGUGGGCCUAUAACGACGGCAAGGGUGUUGCCGGUAUUGUCAGUGCCUGGUUCAUUGCCCCAGCCAUCGCCGGAGGUUUCGCUAUCAUCAUCUUCUUAAUCACCAAGUAUGGUGUCCUUGAGCGCAAGCGUCCUCUGCGUGCCGGUUUCAUGAUGGUUCCGUUCUACUUUGCCAUUACUGCUGGUGUUCUAACCAUGGUCAUCGUCUUUAAGGGAGCACCAAGCUUGAACCUCGACGAAUUGAGCACCGGACAGACCCUUGGCGCCAUCUUCGGUGUUGCUGGCGGCGUUGUAGUGCUCUAUGGCGUUUUCUUCCUACCGUUCCUCUACCGCAAGCUCGAGCUCGAAGACUGGCAGUUGCGAACCUGGGAGAUCAUCUACGGCCCUCUUCUCUGGAAGCGUGGACCCGUCCCACCCCGUCCAGAGGGUGCUGCCGUCGUCAAGGACUACUACAGCGGCCACAAGACCAAGGAGGAACUUAGCACCGCCCGCGGUGCCGCUGGAGACGUCGAAAACGCCGUUCAGACCGAUGCACAGGGUUCAGAGGAUGGUAUCAAGCGCGACACCUCAUCCACCGAGAAGAACGGCGAGCAGACUCUUGCCGCUCAUGAAGAGGCUUCACUGGGACCAUGGUAUACUCCCCGUAACCUGUUCGCCAAGGCCAAAUACUAUUUCUUCCGCGGAGUCGACCGUGACGUUGUUUCCGAGCAGAAGAGCGGCGAUGAUGCUACUGGCUUCCUUGCCGGAGACCUGGACAAGAUGCACGCUGAAGUCAAGCACUACGACAACAAGACCGAGCAUCUCUACUCCUUCCUCCAGGUCCUGACUGCCGCCACUGCUUCGUUCGCCCACGGAUCCAACGACGUCUCUAACGCCAUUGGACCAUUGACCACCAUCUACCUUGUCUGGAACACCAACACCAUCGCUAAGAAGGCUGAUGUGCCAAUUUGGAUUCUUGUCUUCGGUGGUGCCGCCAUCACCAUCGGUCUUUGGACUUACGGAUAUAACAUGAUGCGCCAGCUCGGUAACAGACUUACUCUGCACUCUCCUAGCCGUGGUUUCUCCAUGGAACUCGGCGCUGCCAUCACCGUCAUCCUCGCCAGCCAGUUCGGCCUGCCCAUCUCUACCACACAGUGUAUCACCGGUGCUACCGUCGGUGUCGGUUUCUGCUCUGGAACCUGGAGAGCUGUUAACUGGAGGAUGAUUGCCUGGAUCUACCUUGGCUGGAUCAUCACCCUGCCUGUUGCUGGUAUCAUUUCAGGCUGCCUAAUGGGCGUUAUCAUCAAUGCCCCUAAAUGGUCUGGCAUUGCCUAG